AUGUCAUUUAAUGGUGAAUUUACCGGAUCUGAAAGGUCAAAAAAACGUAGAAGAAGCAAUAAUGAAAAUUCUACAACAAAAGAAGGAGAAAAAGCAAUUAAUAUUCAAGUAGUUGUACGUUGUCGUGCAAGAAUUGAACGUGAAGUCGCCGCAAAUUCUCCAAUUAUUGUUCAAGCUACUCCUCGUGAAAUUAAAAUUUGGUCAAAUACUCAAGAUAUGAUGCCUCAUAAAACUUUUACUUUUGAUAAAGUUUUUGGUUCUGACGCUGAUCAAAGUAAAAUUUUUGAUACUAUUGUAAUUCCAAUAUUACAUGAAGGAAAACUUGACCUUUGCAACGGUAAUAUUAGCCCCGAUGCCGGUGUUAUUCCACGUUCUUUAUAUUAUCUAUUUGAUACUUUGGAGGCUGAACAAGCUGAUUUUUCCGUUAAAAUUUCUUAUAUUGAACUAUAUAAUGAAGAAUUAAAAGAUUUACUUUCUUCUGAUAGUGAUACUAGACAAUUAAAGAUCCUUGAUGACGUAAAUAGAAAAUGUGUUCUUCAAGGUCACGAAGAAGUACUUAUUAAAAGUGCUGAAGAUGGAAUAAACGUUUUAAAACAAGGUUCAAUAAAACGUCAAGUCGCUCAAACAAAUUAUAAUAAGAAUUCUAGUCGUUCUCAUUCUGUAUUCCUUAUUACUGUUCAUAUUAAGGAAACUAUGCCUGAUGGUGAAGAUUUAUUAAAAGUUGGAAAAUUUAAUUUAGUAGAUUUGGCUGGUUCGGAAAAUAUUAGUAGAACUGGUGCUGAAAAUUUACGUGCAAAAGAAGCUGGAAAAAUCAAUAAAAGCUUGUUAACAUUAGGUAGAUGUAUCAAUAGUCUCAAUGAACAUAAUCAACAUAUACCAUAUAGAGAAAGCAAGUUAACACGUCUUCUACAAGAUUCUCUUGGUGGUCAUACAAAAACUUGUAUAAUCGCGACAAUUUCUCCUGCAAAAUUAAGUUAUGAAGAAACUAUAUCUACUUUAGAUUAUGCUCAACGUGCAAAGAACAUUCUUAAUAAGCCUGUUGCAAAUCAAAGAGUUACUAAAAAAGCUUUGAUCAAAGAAUAUAUUGGUGAAAUUGAACGUUUGAGAGCUGAUCUAUUAGCUGCUAGAGAAAAAAAUGGAAUUUAUUUAUCACAAGAUACUUAUCAAAAUCUAGUAGAUGAAAAUCAAAGUCGAAAAGAUGAAAAUGAGGAGUUGAAAAAGUCGAAUGAAACUUUAAAACAACAGGUUGAAAAAUUUGAACAAGAAAAUUCUAUUAUUAAUAGAAAACUUUUACGGCAAAUUUCUGUUAAUAAUCAUCACCAAAAAGUAUUUCAAGAAUUUCAACAAAUGAUGUUAUCCGUAACAUCUCAAUUAGAAUAUAAAUUUAAUGAAAUAAAAUCUGUACAUAUUGGAUUUGGUGAAUUGAUAUAUAACAAAGCAAGAGAAUUUAUGGAACGACGCGAAAAUGAAAUUUCCACUGUUGUUAAAUGUAUAGAGGAACGUAUCGAUCAAUCCUUAAUACAAAAAGAUCAGAUUAUUCAAAUAUUUGAUAAUCAAGAACAAAUUGCCGUUAAUUUAAAUUCUGAACUAUCAAAAUUCCGUGAAGAAACUCUAAAACUUAUGGAUCAAAAAAGUCAAGAAUUACGAGAUAAUGCAUCCGCGACGUUCAAUACAUUCCAAAAUGAUUUAUCAAAUCAAUUCGAAAAGGUUCAAUCAUAUCAAGUGAAAUUCGGUGAAGAUUUAUCUGGUCUAAUGAAAACAACUCAAGAACAUAUCACGUCUCAAAAUCAAGCAGUCGAUUCUUUCCGUAAUUUCACACAUGAAACAUCCAAUUCUCAAAUAGAUUGUAUGAUAGAACAAAAACAUCUUUUGACACAACUUGCAGAGGAAGAUGUUCUAUUAAGAAAAUCAAUGGAAAAAGAAGUUUUAGCCAUUGUGUCAGAAGCAAUGAAAAAAUUUGGUGAUGCACAUUCAGCUAAAAUCGAAAAUGUCAUUAAUAACUUUCAAGAUGUAAUUCAAAAGAAUGUCGAUUCCGUUAAAUCACUUGAUGAAGCGUGCAAUAAUGUUGCUAAUGACAUAAAUGUUGCGAACACUUCUUAUUUGACCAACUUUAAUAAUAGAUAUGAUGCUUCCAAGGAAAAUCUAUCAGCUUUAGAAAAUGAAAAUCGACUAGUACGCAUUGAUACCAUAGAAGAUAACAUAUAUACACAAUUGGAUGAAAGUAAAGAUGCACUUAGAUCAAAGAUAAUAUCGUUAGAUACAUUUGCAAGUGCCGCAGUUAAAGAGACACAAGAACUACAAAAGCAACAUGCUCAAUCUUUUAAUUCAUUUACCACGGAUGUAACUCAAGGCUUUUCCGAAGUUCAGAAUCAAUUCAUCAGAACAAAAAUGGAUUCAGAAACUAUGACAAAGAGUGUCUUUGAACUGAAUCAAGCUAAUACGAGUGCGUCUAGCGGUUUAUAUAACAAUUUUGCUAACCAAGUCCAACGGUCUCGUGAAGAAAUCAAUUCAUUAUCAGAAAAAUUUAACGAUUCUGACACUAAAAUUAGAUCUCCUACAACCAAGCGAAUAAGAUAG